UGCGACAAAAAUGGCUUGUCCUUACUUUCGUCGUGCAGACUCACUGUCACGCCAACCAUCCGUGGUCGCAGAACCUUCAGGCAAUUGGACCUUGGAAGAUGAGGAACAACCCGGUGAUGCUCUAACGCUGACUCAUUUACAAAUGGCCAUACAGCUGUUGACAGCGCCAUCGAAUGAAGAUUUAAAUACUGCCGUAACAGCACUUAUUUUGAAGUAUCGUAAAAAUUGGCCAAAUAUAUCGAAGCUACGAAUUGAUUUGGAGACCCUUAAAACCUAUCCAAACUACGAUUACUUGGCCGAUAUCCAAGAAAUCCUACUCGAAAUGGAUGAAUCGAGUGCUAGUGAAAUCCUGGUUUUACUGGGAGAAGAGCUAAUCACUUCCUGUUGCACGGGAAUAAUUGAGAGGGCUUUCCGUUGCUUGGGCACUGAAUUGCAAGAAUUUUUGGGUUCCCUGGAUGGGGUCUAUGAUGUAUUGAAAUUCCAAGAGGACGAUGAUUCGAGUGACACGGGUUUUGUGUGUGCCGGUGAUGGUGAAUUGAUAUUUACCUCGGAACGUCCCGUGAUUGCAUGGCUACUAUUGGGUUCGUUGAAGGCCCUCACGCGUAUUCUUUUCAACGUACAGGUCAAUAUAAAAAUUGAACCUGUUGAGGGUGAUAAUCGUCGUUAUCGUUAUUUGUUCUCCUUGGCCAAGGAUGGUCAUGCCCGUGAAGUGCGUACGGUUAGUAAAACCACUGAGGGACCAGUACAGCGCAGCAAUUCAACAAAUGCUUCGGAUUUGACGAUGAACUCAAGUACAUUCUGUAAGGCAUUUCCAUGGCAUUUUAUAAUGAAUGAAGAUUUGGAAUUGGUGCAAUUGGGCCGUGGUUUCAAUAAGUUGUAUAAGCCCUAUAUGGCCGAGUUCGGUUGCCAUGCCACAACCUAUUUUGAUUUUAAACGUCCCAAGGGCCUGACAUUGAAGUUUCGUGACAUUGUGCGCCGCACAUGUACUCCAUUUUUGAUUGCUCUGAAAAGUCCUCCCGAUGUCCAGGAAUUUACAGCUAAG